GUUAAAACAACUGAAAGGUCUAAGUUCGGGAAUAUCCUCCACCUUGAUGAAAACGACACUUAUAGUGAAAGUAGUAGUGGAGAUAUGAAUUUGAAGAAAAUUACACAAGCUUUCGUGGAUGUGCGAAAUCAGCAACUUGAAAGCAAAGGGUCAAAAUUUUCAGAAGAUAUCAUAUCUUAUCUGCCCAGAGAGCAGCAAAUUGUUAGAAGAUAUGAAAGGAAUUCGACAUAGAGAAUUGAAGAGAUGGAAGGGAAGAGUUCUAUUCGUCAUAGAACCUCUGGCUAUAUAGGAAUGCCCACACUUCAUUCUUCUAGGCCAAAAUAAGUCUUUUACUUCUGCCUUAAAGGACGAUGACUUUUCUCCACUGAAUAAAAGGAUUAUGAAUAUUUCAAACAAAGGAUACACCAAGUUUUCAGGGUUUAACCCCUCAACAAAGCAUUUAAAGAGAUUAAAUGAGCAGACAACUGAAGAUGACGGAGAGCUAGACAAGACCAAGCAGAACAAUCAAAGAGAAUACAUCCAGAAAAUCACUGCUACAAAAUAAUCAGCAAAUCAAGAAAAAUGAGAACAAAGAAAAGCUGUGGAUUGGUAUCCUAAUGGCCUUGAACAUUCUCCAAUGCUGAAUGAACGUUUCAGCUUGUUUGCUCUAUAUUAUCAAUGAUUACGUCAACGAAGAUUACAUUAACCAGUUGGAACUUGCAAUAGCAUGAUUCUUUGCAAUAGAAAUGUGUAUAAACUUUUAUUACUAUCCACAUCCUAAAAUUAGGUUCUUUAUCUCUAUAGACACUUGGAUAGACUUCUGGACAAUUAUGCCAGAAUUCAUUUCCUUAUUCCUGGCUUCCAGUCGUAGUAAUAGUGUCUCUUUCUUAAGAAUCUUAAGAGUUUUUAAGAUUAUCAGAAUUGUUAAAUUCAGGAAAACCUUAAAGAAACUUCAACUUAAAAAGAAACAAGAUUAUAUGGAACUUGAUACCCAAGUGGAGGCAUUCUCUAGGCUCAAGAAGCAGAUGAUCAUGCUCAUAAUAUCCUUAUUCGCUACUUUGUUUGUCUCAUCUGGGAUAAUCACAUUUGUUGGAGAAUCGAUAGAUAAUUCCAUGUCUGAGAGCCUCAAAUUCAUAGAUUCUUUCUACUAUAUAGUUAUCACUGCUACGACGAUUGGGUACGGAGAUAUCUACCCAACAAGGUCUCAAUCUCGGGUCAUCAUCUCAAUUAUGUUGAUAAUAAUUUUCCUCAUAUUCGGUGACCAAAUAUCCAAAAUUAUCGCUAUUAUCAAGGAAUCUGAUAAGUAUGACAUAAAAUAUAAUCUAAAAUCCCACAUAAUUCUUUUUGGUAAUAAGUCAUUUUCAGUGAUACCUCCUUUCUUACUGGACUGCCUUGGCAGCACCAAGAGUGAAAGAACAAAGAUCCUUAUUAUUGAUGAUGUUUCGGUGACCUCAAAAAUGGACCAACUUCUUGACUUUGAGCACUUUCAAGGCAGAGUCUACUUCUUAUCUGUCAGGAAUGGAAUAACAUGUAAAACGUUUAUUAAAUCAUGAGCCAAGAGUGCAGCCAGUGUUUUUAUUAUCAGCGACCCAUACUCGAUUAAUGGUGAAGAUCAGGAUAAAUAAAGGGCUGUUUUUAAAAACUUAUUUAAGAAAUAACGGAGUCAAUUGCCCAAUAUAUAUCCAGCUUUCACUGUAUGAUGAUAAGUAUAUUGAAAAUUUCAUUGAUAAGAACGAGACUGAAGCAAGCGAAUCUAUCAUCAACUAUCAAGGCGAAAUUGAAGGUGAAGAAGAGGAUGGAAACCUUCCCUCCGCUCGUAGCGAGACAGUCCAAAAAUUAAUCCCCUCGAUUCCUAAACGAAUCAUGGAGGCUGAAUUCAUCAGUGCAAUAUGUUAUAGAAAGUUCAAAUUCAACCUUCUUGCACAAUGCAUGUUCUCCCCUGGCCUGCUUCCCUUUGUCACCUGUUUCCUUACAAAUUCUCCAAUUCACAUUUCUGAAAUUCUUGAAAAUGAUAAACUGCUCUCUUCAGCAGAGCCUGAACUGAAAAUCCCAAACAGGUUAUGCAAGUUAUACAACAGAUCACUUGAGUAUAAUUUGUAUAUUCUCGAACUCCCUUUUAUGUGUGAGGGUUUAACGUUCGAGGCUGCAGUAAAGAAGAUCAAUGUUUUCGAGAAACACCCCAUGUUUGUACAGACAGGGACAAAGCUGAGACUUAUUGGCCUUAUCGAGUAUGAUGUUGAUGAAAAUAACCAAACGAUCGACAACGACGAUCCAAAGAAUCUAUACGCUCCAUUCGGUGCAGAAAUAUUGCACUCUCACAAAGGAAUUUACAUUUGCAAUAACAUAAAGAUUUCUUCAUGGAUUGAAAAGAAAAAUGAUGCUGAAAGAUUACUCAGAGAAGUCCUUAAGAACGGACAAGACGGGAAGAAGAAUAAGAUCCAUAACAUGGAUAGCAAGGUUUUUGAAAAUGAAGAGUCUGUCGCAUUCUCAAGAAUCCAAGCCCAGACUCGAAAUACUCACAGAAGGAGAAAGGAUCUUCCAAGGACUAAGACAACUGCUUCGAAGCGUACCGCUAAUAUUUUUGUCGAAGAUUCAGUGAGUAAUAGAAGAGAGGAGCAUUUAUUUGAUGAAAAUGAGCCAAGUGAGACUUCCUCUGAGAAUACCAAGAAUAAUAUCCUUGACCUUAUUAAGGACUAUAUUGUUGAUAAACAUAACUAUAUAAAUGGAAUUAAAGAUACUAUUCUGUGGCCAGGCCAAGAUCUUGGACAGAAAAUUAGCAAGCAUAUCAUUAUUCUUGGAUAUGUUGAAGGACUUGGCUAUUUCGUUGAUUCUGUAAGAAGAGAAUCUGACAUACCAAUUAUAAUCUGUGAUACAAAGAGUAGCAUUGAGCCAAUCAAAACCAUCAUCAACAAGUUUGAUUAUGUUUAUCAAUACGUUGACGAUCCAAGAAACACGAAUUGAUUAAAAUAAGAUGAAUAUUUCUGCUGCUCACCAUGUCCUCAUAGUAUCAAAAAUUAAAAGAGAAAAUGAAGGACUUGAUGUAGAUGCCAUUCUCCUUGCAAGCUACAUCCAAGAAUGGUACCCAUAUGUCAAGACAACAGUUGAAUUUCAGAAUCAAAACAGCAUUAAAAUGAUAGAGACUCCUAUCUUCUCAAACUACUACAUUGACAUGACCAAGCUUUACACUAUAAGUUUUAUGUCAGGAAGGGUUUUUAAUUCCUCGCUAUUCCUUGACCUCGGAAGUAAGCUCCGAAGCAACCCUUUCCAGCUCAAAUUCCUGAACGAUCUUCUCUACAACGUUCAUGAUGAAUCAAACAUCUUAGCACUAAAAAUUAAUGAAAAGCUUGAUGGUAGAAAGUACCAGUCUGUUUACGAGGAAUUUCUGGACAACAAAUCGACUCCAUUGCUUUGCAUCGGAGUGUUCAAUUCCCAAUCGACUAAGCCCAUUCAGGACUUUUUGGACAACAUUUUAGAAGUCAGCAAAGGCUAUAAGGAAUAUAAACAAAAAUAAGAGAAACAACAGUGUACUUGCCCCGAAUAGUCGCGAAGAUAGUAAAGAAAUAUUUGACCAAGAAGAUGAGGAAGAUUAUAAUUUCCUUAUUAACAACCUCUCAGUCCUGAUCCUUGACCCAUCUGAUAACUAUAUUCUCAAGCAAGGAGACAUUCUGUACUGCUUGGGGAAUAUAAAUAGCCCAGAGAUUGAAUCUAGGAUUCAAAGUAUCAUCAUAGAGACUCUCCGAGCUAACUCUAAUCCUGAUAAUAUGGUAUCACCUCUUGUUAAAAAGCGGACCAUUAUCCUCAACAACGAGAAAGAAAUCAGAAAAAUAAAUAUUAACAAAGUAAUGGAUGAGCUGGAGGAAAGACUUGUUGAAGAUAUUGAUCUCUCCAUUUAAUAAAAUAAACUCAAUUUGUU